GUGGAAACAAGAACAGAAGGUGGAAGAACGAAAUCAGACAUCUGAAAGCAAAGAACUCUGUGCAUUUACAUAAUGCACUGUUCAUUUCACUAAAGAAAACAGGAAACCCAUUGCCAUGAACUAUGUCAUGUUUACUUCCUAGUGCUUCUCAGGUUUUUCUAGUUUUAGCCAUGAAGAUAAUUUGGAGUGACCUCAUCCAGAGAAUAAUUUUAUUUUCACUUAUUGGACUUGGAGUUUUAGGAAAUAUCAUCUUAUUUGUGAGACAUAUGUAUACUUUCAUCAUGGGUCCUGAGAAAAAAAAUAUAGAUGCUAUUCUCAUCCACUUGGCUUUUGUAAACACAAUCAUUAUUUAUUGCAUAGGAGUCAGAAAUGUAGUCACAAUUUUUUAUAUCAGAAACUUCUUAGGUGAUAUUGGUUGUAAAACUAUAAUUUAUCUAGAAAGGGUUGCCCGAGGCCUCUCCAUCUGUACCACCUGUCUCCUCAGUGUGCUCCAGGCUGUCACCAUCAGUCCCAAGACCACACUUUGGAGAAAGCUCAAGCCACACAUUUCAUGGCAUGUUCUUGCCUUUCUCCUCCUCUUUUGGAUCUUUAAUUCCCUGAUAAGCUCCAACUUGCUGCACUAUAUCACAGCAGGCAGCAGCAUGAACAGGUCUGAAGUUGGGAUGUUUACUAGGUAUUGCUAUAUACUGACAUCAGGACACAGAGUUAACUGGCUGUUCCUCUCUCUCAUGACUCUUCGUGAUGUCAUUUUCCAGGGUCUCAUGGGCUGGAGCAGUGGGUCCAUGGCUCUACAUCUGUAUAAGCAUCACAAGCGUGUCCUCUACCUUUGCAGCUCUAGGUUUACAAACAAUUCUAGGCCAGAAAUUAGAGCUACCAAGAGAGUUCUCGCUCUCAUGACCUGUUUCCUUUUCUUUUACUGGGCAGAUUUUAUUUUCUCUUUCUACAUAGGUUCCACAGUAACACAUGAUUCCACAAUACUAAAUAUUAGAGCAUUUUUAGUACUUAGUUAUGCUAGUCUCAGCCCUUUUGUCCUGAUCAUCGGGAAUAUCUGUGUUCCUAAGCCCUGCUGUGUCCCCUGA